AUGGGCUCCGUCGUCCUCCCCCAUCUCGAAUCCGGCUGGCACGUCGACCAAGCCAUCCUGUCCGAAGACGAGCGCCUUGUCGUGAUCCGCUUCGGCCGCGACCACGACCCAGACUGCAUGCGCCAGGACGAAGUCCUCUACAAGAUCGCUGAGCGCGUCAAGAAUUUUGCCGUCAUUUACGUCUGCGACAUCGACCGCGUGCCCGACUUCAACACCAUGUACGAGCUGUACGACCCGUGCACCGUCAUGUUCUUCUUCAGAAAUAAACACAUCAUGUGCGAUCUCGGCACCGGUAACAACAAUAAGCUAUCCUUCGUUCUUGAGGAUAAGCAAGAGCUCAUCGACAUUAUCGAGACCAUCUACCGAGGCGCCAAGAAGGGUCGUGGUCUGGUUGUCAGUCCCAAGGACUAUUCCACGAGGUAUCGUUACUAG